AAGGUCAAAGGGGCGAUAGAAAAAACAAAAAAGUGAAUCGAAUUGCAGAAUGGCUGGUGUUUUGGCUUUGAACGAGACGUUCUUCAUAUCUCAUGGCUCGCCGACUCUCUCCAUCGAUGAUUCGUUGCCAGCCCGCCAUUUCCUCAAAGCCUUCCGAGAGAAAGUCUUCCCGCAGAAGCCCACCUCCAUUCUCGUCAUCUCCGCCCACUGGGAGACCUCCGUCCCCACCAUCAACGUCAUCCGUGGCCGCAACGACACCAUCCAUGACUUCUACGGUUUCCCCAAGCAAAUGUAUCAGCUCAAGUACCCCGCACCUGGAGCUCCAGAGUUGGCAAAAAGGGCAAUUGAAUUGCUCGAGUCCUCCGGGGUCAAGAAAGUUGAUGUAGACACUAAACGUGGUUUGGACCAUGGUGCAUGGGUUCCUCUUAUGCUCAUGUAUCCAGAGGCUGACAUCCCGGUUUGCCAGCUUUCUGUCCAGACACAAAUGGACGGAACCUAUCAUUACAAUUUGGGUAAAGCCUUGGCUACUCUUAAGAAAGAAGGUGUUCUCAUAUUUGGUUCUGGAUCUGCCACUCAUAACUUAAGGGCUCCCCGUGAUGGCCCUCCUGCUUCUUGGGCUAAAGAGUUUGAUGAUUGGCUCAAGGAUACUACUCUCAAUGGAAGGUAUGAAGACAUUAACCAGUAUGAAGUAAAGGCACCACAUGCAAAAGUUAAUCACCCAUGGCCAGAACACUUCUAUCCAUUACAUGUUGCAAUUGGUGCUGCUGGUGGAAACCCCAGAGCGGAACUUAUUCACAAUAGCUGGGGCAAUGGUGGCUCGCUCUCCUAUACUUCCUUGAAGUUCACAGAAUAGCGCUUCAGAGAUCAAUGCUUGUGCAUAAUAACCAUUGUUUAAUGUAUUGUUAUGAAUAUUGUAUCAGCUUAUUUACCCAAUAGGAUAAGAGUGGAUGAUGAAUUUAAAUAUUGUACUAGUUUAUUUACUCAACAGGAUAGGAGUUGGUGAUGAGUUUAAAUAAACCAUGUGACAGUGAUGACUAGAAUAUCCUGUCUUUGGUUGAAGAUAAUGUAAAUC